GUGGAGUCUGAGCUGAGCGAGCUCACCAACACCACACUCCUCCACCCGCUCGCUCGCUCCCUCCCACUCGCCCCGCUGCCGGCCGGCGAAUCCGAGCAAUGGAUUUCAAGGGGUUCUGGGAGUCCAAGUUCGGGGGCAAGAAGGAGCCGGAGCGGGACGGGGAGGCCAACGGCAGCGUCAAGAAGCGGACCGCCGAUUUGGCCAUCUACGAGCAGUACGAGCAGCAGGCUCAGGCCGGGCAGCCGGCGAUGCGCGCCGCGGCGAUUCGCGACGGGAAUGCUGAUGUGAUCCAGAAGCCUCUCCUACCUCCAUUUGAGUCAGCUGAAAUGCGCAAUCUAGCAGAGACAUUGUUACGGGAUAUUAUCCGAGGAAACCCAGAUGUGAAAUGGGAAAGCAUCAAGGGACUAGAGACUGCAAAACGCCUCCUGAAAGAGGCAGUUGUUAUGCCCAUAAAGUACCCAAAAUACUUCACUGGUCUACUAUCACCGUGGAAAGGCAUCUUACUUUUUGGUCCUCCAGGAACUGGAAAGACAAUGCUGGCAAAAGCAGUGGCUACUGAGUGCAAUACUACAUUCUUCAACAUUUCAGCGUCAUCAAUUGUCAGCAAAUGGCGCGGAGAUUCUGAGAAGCUAGUCAAAGUUCUUUUUGAGCUUGCAAGAUAUCAUGCACCAUCCACGAUAUUUCUUGAUGAGAUUGAUGCUAUUAUUAGUCAACGUGGUGAAGCCCGUAGUGAGCAUGAAGCUAGUCGACGCUUGAAGACUGAGCUACUUAUUCAGAUGGAUGGCUUGACAAAAACGAACGACCUAGUAUUUGUGCUUGCAGCAACAAAUCUACCAUGGGAGUUGGAUGCAGCUAUGCUCCGUCGACUUGAGAAGCGGAUUCUUGUACCACUUCCUGAAGCUGAAGCAAGGCAUGCCAUGUUUGAGGGACUUCUGCCAUCUAUGACCUCAAGUCUAGAGAUCCCAUACGAAACUUUAGUUGAAAAGACUGAAGGGUACUCUGGUUCAGAUAUCCGUCUUGUUUGCAAAGAAGCUGCCAUGCAGCCAUUAAGGCGUCUUAUGUCGGUUCUUGAUGCCAGUGAUGAGGUGGUGCCAGAGGAAGAACUGCCUGAGGUCGGCCCUCUUAAAGCUGAUGAUGUUGAACUUGCUUUGAGGAACACAAGGCCGUCAGCCCAUCUCCAAGCACAUCGCUAUGAUAAGUUUAACCAGGACUAUGGAAGCCAGCUCCUCGUUUAGCACCAAGCAUGAUCAGCUUUGCAGGAUUGUCAAGUGGAUUCAUGCUGGCUGUGUAUUUGAACAUGCAACUGGAAGUCUAGAACAAAUUUAUCUUUCUCCACAACAACCAAAGUAGCCUUAUUUACACCAUUAUUAUUUUCCAUUAUACUGCUCCACAAGCAAGGAACAAAAAUCGUUGUAAACUGAAGUUGUAGCACGAUUUCUGCGCGGUUGCAGCUCUUCUUAGCUAGACUGAAAUAUUAUGAUGUAAUAAUAAUCUUACUCCAAAAUAGUUCAGUUAUUCAUUGAUUAGGUUGUAUGAUGAAGUGAAUAAAUGGUAGGUAUAUUACCCAGACUUUA